UCUUACACAGGUUAAUGGUCAACUUGUUAUAUUAAUAUAUGUAAGUAUGUAUGGUAAAAUAAUAAAAAACGAAUUUAUGGUUAUGAAUAAGUAUUGACCAAUGACCAUUUCUUGUAAUUAUAAAAAGACUUAAUACAUGCCUGUAAAUUCAUAAGCAAGAAAAAACAUAAUUAUAACAAAAUUUAGUUAAACCAUUUGAAAGUGUGUAAGAAAUUGAAUGGUAUGAAGAUGGAAUCCUUAAAAAAGUUGGUUGUAUUCACCCUCAUCGUUCUCAUCGGAGUCUCCUCCGAUCACGUCUCCGGUAAUCUUGCACCGGAGGAGGCUUCGAAUCAACUGUGCUUCAAUCCUUGCACUCCUAAACUUGGCAACAACGAGUGCAAUACGAUUUGUGUGAACAAGAAAUACAAAGAGGGUUCUUGUGUUGGUUUUGGAAUUCCCCCUACUUUCAAAUAUUGUUGUUGUAAAAAUUAAAUAAUUUUAACUACAGUUUGAACAAUAAUAAUAUGGAUAUGUUUUUUAUUAGUGGAAUAAUAUAUAAUAAUAAGAUUAGCACAUUUGAUUGACUAUGUUGAUAUAUUUUGAAUCUGAUAACACAUUUCUAGCGACAGGACGUGGAUCUCGUUCACCUGUCAGCACGUUGGAUGAUAGGUUCGCGAGUUCAGUCAAAUUAGUGAAUUGCGUUUCUAUUAAGUU